AAAGCUCAGCUUGUUAAUCUCGGCAUUUGUAGUUUUUAAAGCUAAAGCAGUGUUUUACCAAAAAAUAAAACGCGUGCAUUUUUCAAACACACGUAAAACUCCACGCGUAAAAUUGUUCAGCAAAACAAUCAUCAAAUUCAGCUCUAGUUCGGUCUAUAUCUGACAGACAAUAAAUCUUAUAGUUUUGGUUGUAUUAUACUCAAAUUACCAGCAUAUCUUAGUAUAUUGCUUCAAAACAGUAGUAACACAACUUUUUUUUUACUAUUUCUACUAAAAUUUAAUUUUUUUGUCCUGAAAACGAUUGAUCCAAAAAAAAUUUUAUGCUUAAGUUGAAAAAAACGGGCUAAAAACGAUGAAUAUUCCGUUUAAUAGCAACCCAAACGCGCCCAGAAAAGAGUUACCGUUCUGUUACAUCUGUGGACGACAAUUCACCAAAGCCUCGUUGCCGAUUCACGAGCCCCAGUGUCUUAAGAAAUGGGAAGUUUCCAAUCAACAACUGGCUCCUGAGUUCAGGAAAAAGGCACCUGUGAAGCCAAAACCCCAGGCCGACAGAGCGAUUGGGGGCAAGGGGGGAGGGGGAGGGGGGCAGGGGGCAUCAGAUGCGGCCUACUAUGCCGCGCAAGCUAACUUAGUCGAGUGUCCAAAUUGUUCACGCACUUUCAACAUGGACAGAAUAGAGAAACAUGUGAGCAUCUGUGCGAAGACAGGAAUAGUCCCCCCAAAGAAGACAGCGCCGGCCGAGUCAUCUUCCUCUUCAAACAGCAGCCGACUAGCUCCCCCUGCCGACAACCACGCUAGAAAGACACCCUCCCCCAAAAUGAAGAGCAAACCUCCCGCCAAGAGUACACCUGGCGGUGGAGGGGGAGGAGGAGGAGGAGGGGGAGGGGGAGGCGCGAAAUUCUGCUCUUCGUGUGGUCACGCGUACGAAUCAGCGGCUAAAUUUUGCACCGAAUGCGGAGCAAAAAGAGACUAAAAUUUAAAAAGUUAUAUAAUGUUUGACUGUGAAAAGAUGGGCCAUUUAGAAGAGUUUUCAUGUGAAUGAAUUGAAAUAGAUUUAGUUUCACUCAAGCCUAUUAUCAAAAAAUAAUUAU